UUAGUUUGUCUGAUGUAAAUGUUCGCACGUCUGUCUAUAUUAAAACGCUCAUACACACCAGGAAAUGUGUAAGAGUACAUCGUGCCUUAUUUUGAUAUUCCGUGGUCGAUUAAUACACUGUAACUUAUACACGUAAAACUUCAAUAACGCAGUUUGUAGGGUGUGCUGUUGAAGAUGGAUACAACUAUACACCGCCUUUAGUCAUAUAGUUUCAUUGCGGCUGCGCAGUCGGAUAAUAAUAGCCCAGGCAGACGUUGUUGAUAAACACUCCUAGUCGGAUCAACCCUAAUAUAACCGGCGACGAUCGCCUAGUGUAGUGUGUAAAUCAUGACAGCAGUAUUGUGGUCCACGAAGCCAUACGUGUACACCAUUACCCGGGGUUUGAGGAGAUAUGGGACCUCUGCAGCUACCAAAGCGGCGUUGAAAUCGGACCCUUUAGAACCUGAUGCUCCCAGUGUCCGCACAGAGAUCCCUGGACCAAGGUCUCGCGAGUUACUUAAGGACCUAGAUACCAUACAGAACACUGGAGCAGUGCAGUUUUUUGUUGAUUAUGAGCGAAGUCGUGGAAAUUACCUGGCCGACGUAGAUGGGAACGUGAUGCUGGAUUUAUUUACUCAGAUCUCCUCCAUUCCUAUAGGAUACAACCAUCCAAGGCUUAUUAAUGCCCUACUGAAGGAAGAAAACAGGGCUACAUUAAUAAACCGCCCGGCUCUUAGCGUGUAUCCCCCAAGUGACUGGAGCUCUCGUCUCAGGAAUGCUCUGCUUUCGGUGGCUCCCCCUGGCCUAAAUCAGGUCCAGACAAUGGCGUGCGGGGCAUGCUCUGUAGAACACAGUCAGAAGGCAAUGUUUAUGGCAUACCAGCGCCGUCAGAGAGGUGGACGGCCUCCUUCUCCUGAGGAGCUCCAGUCGUGUGUUGAGAGCCACGCCCCCGGAUGUCCCAAUUUGUCGGUACUAGCAUUCAAAAACGCCUUUCACGGCAGGACCAUGGGUGCCCUGGCUGUGACAUAUACGAAAUGGAUCCACAAACUUGAUUUCCCUGUACCGGACUGGCCAUGUGCCAGUUUCCCUGCCCUGCAAUAUCCCCUGGACCAGUUCGAGCAGGAAAACCGCACCGAAGAGGACCGUUGUUUGGAGGAGGUGAGGGAGCGUAUACAUGAGUGGGACAGAAAGGACUGCCCAGUAGCUGGGAUUAUCGUGGAGCCGAUCCAGUCAGAGGGAGGAGACAACCAUGCCACGCCCUACUUCUUCCAGGGACUCCAGGACAUCGCCAAGGAUCAUGAAAUUCCCAUGAUGGUGGAUGAAGUACAAACAGGAUGUGGUGCGACAGGAAAGUUCUGGGCGCAUGAACACUGGAAUCUGAAGGAUGCUCCCGAUAUCGUGCUUAGUAAAAAGAUGCUUACCGGGGGAUUUUACUAUAAAGACCACUUACGCCCUCAGGAGGGCUAUAGGAUCUUCAACACAUGGGUAGGAGACCCGUCCAAGAUGGUCUUCCUGGAAGAAGUUGUGAAUUUAGUAAAAGAGGACGGGCUUCUUAAGCGAGUAGAAGACACUGGAUCGUAUCUUCUCAGCGGACUUUUUGAUAUGCAGACUAAGUACCCGGGGAUACUUAGCAGUGCUCGGGGAGUUGGGACGUAUUGUUCUAUUGACUUUAAGGACGCAGAUACGAGGGACAAGGUUCUGAAUGAACUCCGACAAAAAGGUAUUAACCUCGGCGCAUGUGGAGACUGUUCAAUCCGGUUUCGCCCAACUCUGGUCCUUUCUAGGAAUCACGUGGACGUUUUCAUGGACGUUUUUAGUUCCGUCAUAGGAAAGCUAAAGUCUUAGGUUUGUUGGUAUGGACUGGCAACUGACUGUGUCGGGCAUUGGUGGUGUACUGAUGAGGAAAAUGGUAUUUUCCCCGUGUAGUUCAACGACAGUUCGGCUUCACACAAAAAUUACUAUUCGAUUAAUUUAAUCAGUAUCUUAUUCAAUAGACGUACACAACUCUACAAGCAUGCAUUAUCUGGAAUACGUAUGAGUAUAGAACUGUUAUAAUGUCUCUUUCAGUAACUGAUUUAAAGUGAUUAGUUUUUAGCUCACCUGGCCGGAAGGUCCAAGUGAGCGUAUGUCGUGUUGCACUGUCCCCCGUCAACUUUCUCAUUCAAACAACUUCUUCGCAAGAACCAGGUGACCCGGAGACAUGAAAUGAGGUGAAAGGAACAAGCAGUUAAAAUGAAUGACCUUGAUAUACAUUUAAGGUCACAUGCGUCAAAUAUGCUAAACUCUUCAAACCUCCAUAACCAAUAAAGCCAUAAACCUGAUAUUGAGGCUAUAGCAUGCUGGGGUGAAGUGCUGUUUGGUAAGUCCAAAUGAAUGACUUGGACCUGCAUUAAAAGUCUCAGCGGUCAAGUGUGCAUACAUAUUUUAACUGCUUUUCUGAAAUAACCAAGAUACCCAGAAAUCUGUCAUUGGGCCUGGUAGCAUGCUAGGAUGAAGUGCUUUCAAAUUCAUACAAAUUGAUAUUGAGCUACUUUCAAGGUCACAGUGGUCAGUGGCUUCUUCUUAAUCAAUAGGCCCAUAUGCCUUUUGUUGGAAAUAUAGUAUGCUUGGAUGAAGGCCUACCAGAUUUGUUCAAAUGAUCGUGACUUAUAUUCAGGAUCACAGAGGUCAUUUGUUCAAACAAUUAAAAUUCUGUAUUCUCAAAAGGCUUAGAGCGAUAUCAUUUGGCCAGUGAUAUGCUGAGAUCAAUGGCUACCAACAUCGAGUUGUCGAGAUGUUGAUAAUAUUUUAACGCCUUCUUUCAAAUAACAAAAAGACCUAGGUGUGUUCCUUAGAGUAUGUUUGUUGCCAAAUGCAUUCGUACAAAACACUGUAUCGUAUAUAAUGUAUGCUAUCCUAUAUACAGUAAAUCUAAAAAUAAAAGCAAAAAUAAACGACUAUCAUUUACUCAUGCUUCUCAGAACAGGCUCGUAAUGGGUAACAUACAGUUGUUUCACCUUUAUUGCCAGGUGGGCAAAACAGGCCCAUUUGGGCCUCUUGUGUUUUUUUGUUUUGUGUUUUUUUUUCUCAAAGUAAUACUGUUAUAGUCUGCUCAGAACGACCUGUCGCGUGAACCUUUUCGUGGAAUAUUCAAAGUAGGCGAUCCUAUUUCGUGUGUGUCAGCCAAUUAAUUGGAGUGUGCACUCAGCCUAUUAAUUGGAGUGUGCACGGUUCGGAUAAAUGUUAACUAAGAAUGACCUGUUCAACAUGAUUUUGCAUAUUGUUUAUAAGGGGUUCACAAAUACAAGCAAUUAAAACAGAUAACAGCGACAGUGAAAGUCCUUACCAAAUAUUCGUGAACAACUAAUGUUGUAUUGUACCAUAUAAGUUUACCUAGUCUGGUGUCACACGCUCAGACAGGUAAAACAACACAAACUGAUACAGUGUCAACAUGUCCAAUCUGUACGUUCAUAUGUUAGAUAACAUUAAAUAAUUACAACUGUAUUUACUGUACAUUUAUUGGUUAUUACACAAUUAUAAAAAUUAUGGUUACUUGUCGAGUCGAUCAAGCUGCCGGCGAUGAUUGAAUGUAGAAUAAGAAAAAAUACGAACAAAACAUGCACACAUCAAACAACAUCCAAAAAAAAGAGAACAACCAUUAUAAAGGAAAAAACAAAGGCUGUUACAACAUCACCUGCACCCCGUGGAAUUAUCCACGAAGCCUAAUCAAAGUUCGACACGACAGGUCGUUUUAUUCAGGUUAUUCUCGGUAGUGUUAUUAUGAAAUACUAGAUUAUGCUAUGUGUAUAUGAAAUCCUUUGUCGUGUGUAUGCCAUUAGGAUAAGCUUGAAGCAUGUUUUAUGCAUUCAUUUGUAAAAUACAUUGCAUAAAUUGCUAAAAAAAAAAAAAAGCAUGCCUAAAGUGUUGUGCAAAGCAGUAGAAAGGAAUGUCGCAAAUAUUGAUAUUAUGAUUUUUUCCUUUUAUAAAGUUGAUCUCAUUACUGAAUGAAUAUGUUGAUUUACUUGAAAUAAAACUUUCAAUAACUUAUA